AAGAAUGGUUUUCAAAGUUUACACUGGCAAAGAAAUGACACAGGAAGAAUUUUCCCCUCUUCUUAAAGCAGCCUUAUAAUUAUAAAUUAAUCCCUAAAGAUAUUAUGGCGACUUCGAUGAGUUAAUGAGUAUCGUAUAACUGCCUGCUUCUCUUAAUUGUCCAAAGGCCAGUUGAUCCUGGAGUGCAUAAAACCUUGACGAAUGCAGAUACGAAGCAUAGCGGAGAGAGAAAGUGUGAGCGUGAGAGAGAAAGAACUAGAUGCUGUGUUUAACCAUGAGGAUGCCAAAAACUUUUUUCUCUAUCUUUCGUAUCUUUGUGCUCUUAACUGGCUUCUCAAUUAUUUGCAUGGGAGCCUUUUGCAUUUCCACAGGUUCCUCUUUGUGCAGAUGUGGGAAUAAUCUGCCCAUUGCUUAUUCUCUGUUACCUUUGGGGUUCUUACUCCUUGUGACUGGGAUUUUCUGGAGCACGUACCAUGAAGUCAGAAAAAACAAAAACCUGUUCUAUAUUUUCCAGAGAAAUCCCAGCCAUAGAGAAAUGCACAUCAACACCAUAGACAGGCCUGAUUUCUACCCUCCGUGCUAUGAAGAUAGCACUGAUCCGGGAAAGCAGACUUUCCCAAUACCACUCUCCCUUUCAGCAAGAGAGGAAGAGAUCUACAACAUCCCUCCGCCACUGUAUACUGAAAGCAGCAUGGAAUUCAUAGAUGAAACCAGCCUUCAGGAGGAACAACCACCAUCAUAUGAAAUGUCUGUGCAGCAGCAGCAGCUAACAGCCGAGCAUGACUCAAAUACAGAAGGAGUUUCAGGCACUUGUAUGCACCCAUGCCAGGAGUCAGUUGCUAAUAAUACAAACUGUGAAGGGACUUUAGAGGGACCAAAGCACGUCAGUUAUUCCGAGACAAAUCAUGUUCAUGCUGCAGGACGCUGA